AGUUGCGCUGCUUAUAAUUUAAUUUAAUCGAAUUUUAAAUACAUAGUUCUUUGUUUAAAAAGCUCCCAAAAUGAUAUUAAAAUGUUUAAUAUCAUUUGUAUUGAUAAUAACACUUGUAAAUGCCGAAAAAUAUCCUGUUGUAAUGUGGCAUGGCAUGGGAGACACUUGUUGUUUUCCCUUUAGUUUGGGUUCAAUUAAAAAGCUUUUGCAGUCCGAACUUAAUAAUACCUAUGUCAAGUCUUUGCAAAUUGGAGGCAAUGUGGUUAUGGAUUAUGAAAGCGGGUUUUUUAUACAUCCCAACAAGCAAGUGGAAUAUGCCUGCCAAGAAUUGGCCAAAGAUGAAAGACUACAAAAGGGUUAUAAUGCCAUAGGUUUCAGUCAGGGUGGACAGUUUUUGCGCGCUUUAGCCCAACGCUGUCCCUUGCCACCUAUGAAAGUUCUUAUAUCUAUGGGUGGUCAGCAUCAGGGGGUUUUUGGUUUACCCAAAUGUCCUUCGCUGAAAUCGAAAACUUGUGAAUAUAUAAGAAAGAUUUUAAAUAAAGCCGCUUAUGAUACAUGGACUCAAUUGGAAUUAGUUCAGGCUACUUACUGGCAUGAUCCUCUAAAUGAGGAAUUAUAUAAAUCACAUAGUACAUUUUUGGCAGACAUUAAUAAUGAAGUAUUUGUUAAUGGUUUGUAUGCGGAUAAUUUAAAUAAAUUGGAUAAAUUUGUGCUGGUCAAAUUUAUGAAUGACACAAUUGUACAGCCCAAAGAAUCUCAAUGGUUUGAAUUCUACAAACCGGGACAAGAUAAAGAAAUUUUGCCACUAAAGCAAAGUGCUGUCUAUGAACAGCUUGGUCUAAAUCAUAUGACCACUAAUCAAAAACUAUUGUUUCUCGAGACCGAAGGAGAUCAUUUGCAAUUUAAUAAAACGUGGUUUUUGGAAAAUAUUAUACCUUUACUAAGUCGGGAUGUAAACUAAACCAAAAUUUAUAAACUAAAUUUAUUUUUUAUACCUCAUUUCUUUAUUUAUAUGCCAAAAACAACAAUAUGCAAGACCUUUUACUAAUAAAAAUAAUGUAACAUAGAACAUUAA